AUGGGCACCAGCGACAAGAAGCAGGUGAUGGCCGUCUUCGUGGGCAUCGAAGCAGGCUUGUUUGUGCCGCUCUGCUGCCUGGCGCUCUACAUCCUCCUGAAUCUGGUCAACCGCACACGGCUCCGCACCUUCAACGUCUUUGUGCUCGCGUCGAAGGAGAUCAAGCUGCGCAUUGAGGAUGAAAACGACGGGUCUGAUGAUGGGGAUGCUGACGACACAUGGCUGCGCCAGGCACAGGCACAGCACCAGCAGGGCGAGGAAGCGGGUUCGGACAAAAAGGGAGUGUUGGGCUACAAGUUUAACAGCGGCACGCGCCGAAAGCUGGUCACGGAUCUCAUGGCUGCACAGCGCCUGCACUUCCUGUCCGCCCGCCUGGUGUACUCCUCCAUGAAGCUGGCGGAGGCCUUGCUGUAUGGCAAUGAGGACCUGGGACUCUCCGGUUCCAUCCUGGUGGGCAACGAGCAUGAGUCGCUCUGGUUCGGCCAAGGGUGCCUACGGCGUGAUAAGACGACUUGUUACGCGGAAGGGGAGGGUUAUUUUGAGGAGACAAGCUACGGCCUCAACCGCCUGAUCAACGCCUUUCUUGACUCCGCAGUAUCUCUUGCGCGAGACAAUUUCGUGGCGCAGAACCUGGAUGCGCCAACCUGGCAAUUCAUGUGGACCGUUGGCCAGGAGGGUGGCGACCUCGACGAUGCGCUGCUGCAAAACACCAAAGACUUUACGCAGGAUGGCAAGAAGCGCAUGCUGACUGUCUCCGUUUUCCAGAUCCUGGCAAUUCUUGCGCUCUUGUUCAUCUCGGUAUUCUUCUGGUGGUACCAGCUCCGCCCGUACAUGAGGUUUGCCAAGUCUGAGAGUCGCCGCAUAGCAGAGCUGCUGUCCCAGCUGCCAGCGGAAAUGGCAGUGGAAGAGCUCGUGGCAGAGGCUUCCAGCCUGGACCACGACAAGGAGGACAAGCAGGCCGCCAAGAUCCGCAAGCAGCAGGAGGCGGUGGCGUGGAAGGAGGCGCAGGCUGCACCGGGCAAGGAGGGUGGCGGGCUGAGCAUCGUAGUGAGCUCCCGGCACAGCAAGGAGGGCGAGGCUGCGCUGAUCCCUGCUGGCGCUGCUGGCGGCCACGACAAGAUGGGCAAGUACAAGGCGUAUCACGAGCGCAUGCACCGCAAGCACGACACGACCAACCUGGAUGACACCGACGACCCAACCCUGUGGCAGAACCGCUCGCCGCGAAAGGUCAGCUUUGGACCCAACACCUUCAACUCGCCAGCCAUAUAA